AUGAAAGCCUGCAGCUGCAGCAGCAGCAGCAGCAACUGCAGCAGCAGCAGCAGCAAGGCGUUGAAGCAAGUCGCUAGCAGCAGCAACAGCAACAGCAGCAGCGACAACAGUAGCAGUAGCAGUAGCAGUAGCAGCAGCAGCAACAGCAGUAGCAGCAGCUGUGGGAGUUUGGGGGUGAGUGUUGGAGAGGUAGGAGGAGCCGAUGCAGCAGCAGCACAAGAUGUGCCGGACGAGACACCGGAGGAGGUGAAGGCAGAGAUACGGCGAAGACGGAGAUUGAAUAUGCUUGCUGCUUCUCGCGUCUUACAGAAUGACUCCUUAAGGGUGGCCUUAAUGGGGCCUGAAGCAUACACCGCAUUCGUCUCCUCAGCAGCAGCAGCAACACCAGCAGCAGCAGCAGCAGCAGCAGCAGCAGCAGCUGGCAGCUUCUCUGUACCUGUUUGGGUGAUGCGCCAGGCUGGGCGUUAUUUGCCUGAGUUCAGAGCCGUUUGUAAGGACCCUCUGCUUGCAGCCGACGUUACGCUGCAGCCGUUUAAACGAUUUCCUCUUCUAGAUGCUGUUAUUAUUUUUAGUGAUAUUCUCGUCUUGCCUGAGGCUAUGGGGAUGCCCCUAACAGUAGAAGAAGGGGAGGGGCCUCGCUUUGGUUGGCGUAUAGAAACCCCAGCAGAUAUUCGGCGUCUAGACACCUCAUUUGAUGUUGAAGAAAAGCUGGGGUAUGUAUUUGAUGCUAUUUAUACAACGGCGGAGCAGCUAAAAGGUGCAGUACCUGUGAUAGGGUUUAGCGGGGGCCCCCUGACUUUGUUUUGUUAUAUGGUGGAGGGGGGGGCCUCUAAGAAGGGCUUGCAGCGAGCGAAGGAGUUUCUAUUUAAAUACCCGGAAGAAAGUUUGCUGCUGCUGCAGCAAAUCGCAGCAGCAGCAGCAAAGUUCCUCAGCAAACAAGUGGAAGCAGGAGCCCAAGUGCUGCAGGUCUUUGAUACGAACGCGGGUUUCUUUGCCCCUGAGCAAUACGAAGAGUUCGGCGUCCCCUUCAUGAAUCAAAUCGCGCAAGCUUUGUCUGUCUCCUCUCCAGGCGUCCCUGUAAUUGCAUUUGCAAAGGACCGCCCUUCAGAAUCUUUUGUGUCUUCUUCUUUUGCUGCAGUUGGGGUGCGGGCUUAUCAGCCUGGUCGCUACGUUGCGAAUUUGGGGCACGGCAUGGAGCCCUCAAUGGACCCCCACAAACUGGGGGUCUUCAUAAAGGCAGUGAAAGACACUGCUGCACAAAUCCAGAAAGAACAACAGGCCAAGACAGCUACCUAG